AUGGGAAAUAAGGUUGUUAUGAUGGCUAAAAGAAGGCAUAGCCUCUACUACUUAGAUGCUCAGAUUUUGAUUGGUCAUAGUGAUGCUAGUCAAGUUGAUGAAACUAUGAAGUGGCAUUCUAGACUAGGACAUAUUGAUGAGAGAGCUUUAAAUGAGCUCAAAAGACAGAAAAUCCUAAGCAAUCCCACUAGUUUCAAGAUAAAUCACUAUGAGAUUUGUUUGUUGGGUAAAAGCACUAAGUUACCUUUCCCAAAAGGCAAACAUGUAUCAAAUAUGCCCCUUGAUUAUGCUCAUGCAGAUUUGUGGGGACCCUCCAACACACCCAUAAUGGGAGGGGCAAGGUAUUUUCUUAGUAUAAUUGAUGAUUGCAGCAGAUUGGUGUGGAUAUAUUUGCUAAAGCAGAAAUCAGAUGCCUUCAAGUAUUUUCAACGUUGGUGUGCAUAA